AUGAGUCAUAUUUAAAUGAAUUAAAAUGAAUCUAAUUAAAAGAAAAAUAUGAAAAUAUCAAUUAUGAUAUGCGGCAACUAAGCAGUAGGAAAAACUUCAAUAAUUGGAUAUUAUAUCAAUGGUUCCUUUAAAAAUAAGUAUAAUGUUACCCCAUAGUGUGAAUAUAGCAUAAAAAAUGAAACCAUUGAUUAAGAAAAUGUUAAUGUUUAAAUGAUAGAUGCACCUGGAAUGCUAAAUGUAAUUGAUAUAACAAGACAACAAAUUAGGUCAGCUGAUGGAUAUAUAUUUGUUUAUGAUAUUUAUGAUCACGAAUCAUUUAAGAAUAUUGAUAUAUGGGUAUAAUAGAUCUAAUAACAUAAGAGUGAGUUCGAAAAGUGUAAGUGCUUGCUAAUUGGAAAUAAGGUAGAUACAAGGAAAAAUCCUUCUGAAGGUAUUAGCUAUGAAAAAGGUUAGGAGAAAGCAAAAAACUUUAAUAUGAAUUUCUUUGAAACAUCAGCUAAAGAAGGAACAAGUAUAGUAAGUGCUAUUAGAGGUUUAGCAAUUAAUAUUUAUCACUAAAAAAAGGAUUGUAUUUUAAAGUAAUAGAAUAUCUUACAGGAGUAAUAAAAAAUAUCAGGGAGCUCAAAUGAUUUAAAUAUUGAUGAAAAAUUCUUACUCAAUAAUAGUAGAAAUCGAUAGCCUAAAAAAAAUUGUUGGUAGAAAUUUAAAUCUUGUUUUUGA